AUGUUUCGAGCCAAGGGUGGUGUACUAGCGAGUCGCUGCGCCGGUAUCCAGCUGGUGCCAUCCUCUCUCUGCCGGCCGUUGGUCAGUUUCCGUCAGUUUUCCGGUUCCGCAACUGCCCUUCAGCGCCUUCCGGUGCGCAUCCGCGGGCGAGGGACGGGUACUCUCCAAACCAUUGACGUGGAGGGCAAGCCAUAUAAGAUUCAGACCGACACGUACCAGGUUCUGGGCGGAAAUGACUCGUCACCCUCACCUGUCUCCUACUCAUUGGCCAGUUUGGGCUCUUGUACUCAAGUGACCGGAUCUGUGGUUGCCAAGGACCAUAACAUUAAGCUCGGUCGAUGGGAUGUUGCGGUUGAGGGUUUACUGCCGACCGCGGUGUUGGUCAAAGGCGAGGAGGGCAACCCGAACUGGGAGAAGGUCGCGUUGAACGUCAAAGUCCAAACCGAUAUAAAGGGAGGCAGUGAUGAUCCGAAGUUCAGGCACUUUGUCUCCGAAGCGGAGCGCCGGUGCCCCAUCACGCAGCUCUUCAUCCGCAGUGGAGUUGCAUUCAGCAGUGAGUGGAUAAAUGAGCCUUUCUGA